AUGCCUCGCUCUGACCGCAGGGGCCAGCUGCUUGUUGGGAGAGGGUUUGUGCCUUGUAUCCAGCCUGGCACAGCCACUUGCCCGCACAGCAGCCCCAGUGCGAUCGGCACCGUCUGUCAGGUGACACAGGAUGCGCUGCUGUCUCCCGAGGGGUGCCCGGUGCUCACAGCGCCCAGGAGCCCCCGGCCCCGUCGCUGGCUGGUGAUGGGUGGGAGAGCCUGCUCCUCUGCGACUUUUCCUUUGCCUGAGCGAGUGGCCUCCACUCACAUGGACUCUCUUGUGUCAAGCACUUGUCAGGAACGUGACCUGGGCUGCUUCUAG